AUGGCGGACUACGACGAAGCCUACGAGGAGCAAUUCUAUGACGAUGCCGAAGAUGGAAUCACCUCCGAGGACUGCUGGACAGUGAUCUCGUCCUUCUUUGAUGUGAAAGGUCUUGUAUCCCAGCAACUCGAUUCUUUCGACGAGUUCAUUUCUUCGACUAUGCAGGAGUUGGUGGAGGAGCAAGGGCAGGUUGUUUUGGAUCAGACUGUCCCCCCCGACGAGGACGAAGCCGAGCCCGUCGUUGUGCGCCGAUACGAAAUCAAGUUCGGCACUGUCAUGCUUACACGCCCAUCCGUCACGGAAGAUGACGGAACGACAGUGAGCAUGCUGCCUCAAGAGGCCCGCCUGCGAAACCUGACCUACGCCAGUCCCCUCUAUCUGACAAUGAAAAAGUUCGUCACCGAAGCGCGAGAGUGUCCAGUGGCUGACCGGGAGGAGGGGGAACCCGUUGAUGCAAACGACGAGGACAAGGAGCGAGGAACAUAUCUGAAGUGGACCCCGCGAACCCAGGACUCCGGCUGGCAAGAGGAGGAAACCAUCUUCAUCGGCAAAGUUCCGAUCAUGCUGAAGUCCAAGUACUGCUGCCUGAAGGAGGCUCCUGAGGAUCGUCUUUAUGCCUGGAAUGAAUGCCCCUAUGAUUCAGGUGGUUAUUUCAUCAUUAACGGCAGUGAGAAGGUGUUGAUUGCUCAGGAGCGUAGUGCUGGGAACAUCGUGCAGGUCUUCAAGAAGGCCCCGCCCAGCCCAACACCGUAUGUUGCCGAAAUUCGAAGUGCUGUUGAGAAGGGUUCACGUCUCCUUUCCCAACUCGCACUCAAGCUCUUUGCGAAGGGCGACGGUGCAAAAGGCGGAUUUGGUCCUACCAUCCGUUCUACUCUUCCCUACGUCAAGUCUGACAUUCCCAUUGUCAUCGUUUUCCGUGCUCUUGGUGUCGUGUCCGACGAAGAUAUUCUCAACCAUGUCUGCUACGACCGCAAUGAUACCCCCAUGCUGGAGAUGUUGAAACCAUGUAUCGAGGAAGGCUUCGUUAUCCAGGACCGCGAAGUCGCUCUUGACUUCAUUGCUAAGCGUGGCUCUUCACAGUCUAAUCUGAAUCACGAGCGACGUGUCCGAUAUGCGCGAGAGAUCAUGCAGAAGGAGCUGUUGCCCCACAUCUCCCAAAGUGAGGGCAGUGAAACACGAAAGGCCUUUUUCCUGGGUUACAUGGUUCACCGUUUGCUGCAAUGUGCACUGGGUCGCCGAGAUGUGGAUGACCGUGACCAUUUCGGAAAGAAACGCUUGGACUUGGCCGGUCCCCUUUUGGCUGGUCUUUUCCGCGUGCUCUUUACACGUGUCACUCGUGACCUGCAACGCUACAUGCAGCGAUGUGUGGAGACAAACAAGGAGCCCAAUCUCCGCAUUGGCCUCAAGGCCGCAACCCUUACCGGUGGCUUGAAAUAUGCCUUGGCGACGGGUAACUGGGGUGAGCAGAAGAAGGCUGCCAGCUCCAAGGCUGGUGUGUCUCAAGUGCUGAGUCGCUACACAUUCGCUUCAAGUUUAUCCCAUCUCCGUCGCACAAACACCCCAAUUGGUCGUGACGGCAAGAUUGCAAAGCCUCGUCAACUACACAAUACCCAUUGGGGCCUUGUGUGUCCAGCUGAAACUCCUGAGGGUCAAGCUUGUGGUCUUGUCAAGAACUUGGCACUCAUGUGCUACAUCACCGUUGGAACGCCUAGCGAGCCCAUCGUCGACUUCAUGAUCCAGCGAAACAUGGAGGUUCUUGAAGAGUUUGAGCCCCAAGUUACUCCCAAUGCUACCAAGGUGUUUGUCAAUGGCGUUUGGGUCGGUAUUCACCGUGAUCCCACACACCUGGUGAGCACUAUGCAGUCCCUGCGUCGACGUAACAUGAUCUCUCACGAAGUCAGCUUGAUUCGUGACAUUCGUGACCGAGAAUUCAAAAUUUUCACAGAUGCUGGACGUGUGUGCCGCCCUCUAUUCGUUGUUGACAAUGACCCCAAGAGUGAGAAUUCAGGAGGUUUGGUUCUCAACAAAGAGCACAUUCGUUUACUGGAAUUGGAUAAGGAGCUUCAGCGUGAUUUGCCGCCAGAGCAAUUCCGUGAGCAGGGCUUCGGUUGGGAUGGCCUGGUCAGGUCCGGUGUCGUGGAAUACGUUGAUGCUGAGGAGGAGGAGACGAUCAUGAUUGUCAUGACUCCUGAGGAUCUCGAAAUUUCCAGGCACCUUAAAGCUGGUUACGCCAUGCCUGAGGAAGACAACACCGACUUGAACAAGCGUGUUCGUACUGUUACUCAACGAGCACAUACCUGGACGCACUGUGAGAUUCAUCCUAGUAUGAUUCUUGGUGUCUGUGCCAGUAUUAUUCCCUUCCCCGAUCACAACCAGUCCCCUCGUAACACAUACCAGUCUGCCAUGGGCAAGCAAGCUAUGGGUGUCUUCUUGACGAACUUUGCGCAGCGCAUGGAGACAAUGGCCAACAUUCUCUAUUACCCUCAAAAACCCCUUGCCACCACAAGAUCAAUGGAGUUCCUUCGCUUCCGCGAGUUGCCCGCUGGUCAAAAUGCUAUUGUCGCCAUCGCCACAUACUCCGGCUACAACCAGGAAGAUUCUGUCAUUAUGAACCAGAGCAGUAUCGACCGCGGUCUUUUCCGCAGUUUAUUCUAUCGAACAUACACCGAUUCGGAGAAAACGGUUGGUACAUCCUUUGUCGAGAGUUUCGAGAAGCCAUUGAGAAGUCAGACCAUUGGUAUGCGCAAGGGCACUUACGAUAAAUUGGACGAGGACGGUAUUGUCGCUCCUGGUGUGCGUGUUUCUGGAGAGGACAUUAUUAUUGGCAAAGUUGCUCCCCUCGCGCCUGAUGCUGAAGAGCUUGGCCAACGGACCAAGUCACACACCAAGGUCGAUGUGUCGACGCCACUUCGCAGUACCGAGAACGGUAUCGUUGAUCAGGUUGUGAUCUCAACAGCCAACGAUGGUCUCAAAUUUACGAAAGUUCGCAUGCGUACCACCAAGGUUCCUCAGAUUGGCGACAAGUUUGCCUCGCGUCACGGUCAGAAAGGUACCAUUGGUAUCACCUACCGACAGGAGGACAUGCCUUUCAGCCGCGAGGGCCUGACACCCGAUAUCAUCAUCAAUCCCCACGCCAUUCCCUCUCGUAUGACUAUUGCUCACUUGAUUGAGUGCCAGCUGAGUAAGGUGUCUGCCUUGCGUGGUUAUGAAGGUGAUGCCACUCCCUUCACAGACGUCACGGUGGACUCCGUCUCGCGUCUGCUUCGUGAGCAUGGUUAUCAGUCUCGCGGAUUUGAAGUCAUGUUCAACGGUCACACAGGACGCAAGUUGGUGGCUCAAGUCUUCCUCGGCCCUACAUACUACCAGCGUCUGCGCCACAUGGUGGAUGACAAGAUUCACGCUCGUGCUCGUGGUCCAACUCAGAUCUUGACUCGCCAGCCCGUGGAAGGUCGUGCGCGUGACGGUGGUCUUCGUUUCGGAGAAAUGGAACGUGACUGCAUGAUCGCUCACGGCGCCAGCCACUUCUUGAAAGAGCGUCUCUUCGAUGUUUCAGACCCCUUCCGAGUUCAUAUCUGCGAUGACUGUGGGCUGAUGACUCCCAUCGCCAAACUCAAGAAGGGUCUCUUCGAGUGCCGUCUUUGCAACAACAAGCACCGCAUCUCUCAAGUCCAUAUCCCUUAUGCCGCCAAGCUUCUGUUCCAAGAGCUGGCCUCGAUGAACAUCGCCGCUCGCAUGUUUACUGACCGAUCUGGUGUUUCGGUGCGCUAA